AUGAACAAAGAAGAGUAUAAGAAGGCUAAGAAGGAGGAGGAGUUAGCAGUCACAGAGCCCAAGACUGCAACAUUUGGUUGUCUGUAUGAAGAACUGGGGAACAAAGGUGGGGACAAGAAUCUAUUCAGGCUGGCCAAGGUAAGAGAAAGGAAGGCUCGUGAUUUGGAACAAGUGAGGUGUAUCAAAGAUGAGGAAGGCAUAGUUUUAAUGGAAGAUUCACAGAUUAAGCGAAAAUGGCAAACUUACUUCCAUAAACUCAUGAAUGAAGAGGGGGACAGGAAUAUUGUGUUAGGUGAUUUGGAGCACUCUGAGGAUCAUCGUGAUUUUAGUUAUUGUCAGCGCAUAAAUAUUGAGAAAGACGCAGAACCAGGUGCAAUCGCACCUACAGAAUGUUGGAGCGCAGGUGCGGCUCUGCUUCUGCGUGAAAUGCGUCGCUUCUGCGACCUAGGCACUGGAUUAUUGCUUCGCUUCUGUGGAGAAAUUUGGCGCAGGUGCGCAAUCGCCUCUGCGAAGGAAGGACAACUUCUGCGGUCGAUUGGUCGCUUCUACGAUGUCGCAGGUGCGACAUUAUAUUGCGCAGGUGUGGCCAUGGAUGCGAGCUCGCAG